CAAGAUGGAAGAUGUCUUUGGACUUUCCACUGCUCCUGGGCUUUCUGUCUGCCUUCGGGGUGUUCUUCGGCUGUCCGACGGUUGCACUGGGAAGCUACUAACUCCAGUCACAAACCUGGAGUAAAGACAGCCUGCAUCUUCUGCUGCACAUCAAGUUCCUCAGAUGGAUACGGGUUAAUACUUGCUAAGGAUAGUACCGAUUUUACUCAGUGAAUGAAUGAAGAGGUAACUUCCACGCUUGGAGCAAAAGAAAUUGGGAUCUGAAAACAAUUUGUGGCACUGUCACCAGAUGUUUUAUUGUUGAUUUUAUGGCUACAUAAUUAUGACAUAGAAUCUGUGCUGUCUCUCACCGCAAGAAGCAAAUAUGGAUCCUGCAGGUGAUGGUUCGUUCAACGACAAGUUAAUGGAUUUUCAUGAUUGAUGCACAAGACGCAGAUGACAGUUGGUACCAUCUUGCACAACAUCUAAGGAAACAAAAGUCAAAAGAAGUCCCAUGGAAUAGCGCUGGCUACCAAAAAUGCCAGUUGCCAUACGCAAGAGAAGUUGGGAGGAUCAUGUGACUCACCCCUCGGGAUUACAGUACAGCUACGAUGAUCUAGAUCUGAUCUGCUGCCAUGGCGUUGACAGCGAAGGGCUUUGGAGGGGGUCAGGGUCCUCCAAACAGGGCCGGUGGAUAAGGUGUGCCUCCUUGCCAGAAGGUUGCCACAAACUGUUUGUAGAUGAGCUGGCUCAGAGGCCGCAUGUUGGAGAUAGUAACAUUAACACUCCACUUGAAAAGAAGGUAGUACGUAGCCCUCGCAAAUGUAUGGUUGUGCCUCAUAUAGACCACCUGAAAACAAACUGUCUUGACCCAGAAGAGCUUUGCAGUAUUUCCUCAAGUGAUAAAAGCAGUGGUAUUAUUUUUUGUGCAACUGACAGCAACGCCCAGAGUGAAGAAAUUGAAGUUGGCACAGAGAGGGAUUAUAAUGUCUUUAAAAAUCCACAUAUCUCUCGUGAUGAGCAACAAUGCAUCGCUAUAUCUUCAAACAAUGGGCCCCCACUAUUGCAAUCUGCUGCUGGACAGCCUGGCAAACUUCCAAAUCAGCACCAAACAAAGGAGGGUCAUACAGAUGGUUACAGCAGACCUCUUGAAAUUUCUCAGGCCACAUUGAUGCCGUGCUCAGCUCCUCGACAAGAACCUCAGCUUGACCUCCCAGAUGUUGAGGACAUAAUUUCCAUCCCUGGCCGUGCUGGCAGAAAGAUAACCUCGGGCGGUAAUACAAUGGAUAGUCUUCUUGUGAUGUCACUGACUAACAAAGCUGUGGAGCCAAUCAUGACUGCAUUGGGAGAAGGAAAAUGUGACAACGGACCAACUGAAAUCUGUACCACAGAUUCAGCUGACAAACUGGGUGGAUUAAAUAACCCAGGAGCCCUGAAUGAAAACUCAGGACCUGAGCAUACUUCCAUAGACAUUGAAGAAGCAAAGCAGGACUGCACUGGAGCACAGGAUCGGGCCCCUUGUUGUGAAAUGUCUUUCAAGACAUUGUUGGAGAAUCGUGAUUCCGAAACAAGAGCAAUCAAAAAGGUUCAAGGAGAGGAAAGCAGACCAGCAGAAAGAGGCGGCGAAUCAGCAGAUGUCAGGUUGGGGCCAAUGAUAUCACCUGAUAUUUGUGCCAAAGUUGAGUCUUCCUCAAUCAGCAUGGAAGCACCCUGUGAGCAACCAGGAUCUACGAAGUCAAAAGGAGACAUCAAUAUUCAGUGUGUAGUGAUGACUGCAGGUCAGCCAAAGAAAGACACUAAUGAUAUCGUCUACACGACCUCUGCUGCAACUGAUCAGUUAGAAAAUAAUUGUUUAUCAUUGGACACUAUCCCAGAGGUAAGCCAGGUUGAGGCAGGGGGAAACCAUGUACCUGCUUCUAUGAACAAAACAAUUCCCUCCCACAAGAAUGAUGAAUAUACAACGGCUGAACAACACCCCCAAAACCUGCCUGCCCUCGCAGCAGAGGUCAACAAUGAGCUGUCACUUGAGGGACUCCAUGGCAACGGUCACCUCAGUGAGUCACCUGGUUCUGAGGUUGGAGCUGGUCAGAACGAACACCACAUACAUGUGGCUGCCGUACGUAGAACGGAGCAGACAGACAACGCCAUGCAGGAGGGUAGUCCCAGCGACAUAUGCCUUGCCAGUCCAGUUUUAGGUGGGAUGUGCGAGUCUGGAGCUCACAAGGCAGAAGACAUGGUGAAAGUGCGCAUUAAGAAGCGAGACCAUGCUCGUCUGGACUCCAUGGUGCUACUGAUGAUGAAGUUGGACCAAUUGGACCAGGAAAUUGAGAAUGCCCUGUGUGUCAACUCUUCCACUGAUAGCACCCCCACCCUCCAUCGCCGUCGACAACUGGACUUCGAUUUGGGAUCUGCGUCUGUAUCAUCACACCUGCUGCAUCUGCAAGGCGCUGCUGCUCCAGCUUCAUUAGCCACAGCAACCCUAGGAGCAAAGCCAAAGACUGGGAGUACCACAAUUCCAGAGAGGACAAAACCUGAGAUUGAAGCCAAAGAGGCCUGUACCUGGCUCCGGGCAGCAGGCUUCCCACAAUAUGCCCAGCUUUAUGAAGAUGCCCAGUUUCCCAUUGACAUAUCCUCAGUCACCAGGGACCACGACUUCCUUGAUCGGGAUGCCAUUGAGGCUCUCUGCAGGAGACUCAACACCCUCAACAAGUGUGCACUAAUGAGACUGGAGAUAUCGCCGCAAAGAAAAAGGAGUGAAGACUCCGAUGAGGAUGAGCCCUGCGCCAUCAGUGGUCGCUGGACCUUUCAAAGAGACAGCAAGCGCUGGUCCCGUAUGGAGGAGCUGGAGGUUUUCUCUUCAUUGUACACAGAUGGAGCACAAGCACCUCCUGCAAAGGACCAAGUAACCAAAAAGCUGGCCCUGUGUGAGGGAAACAGUUCUGAGAGUGUGCUGACUGAUCUCAGUGAGCAGCCUGAAGUGGGCUCCAUCCACAGCAGCGGUAGCGGCGGAAGAGUAGAGCAAAAGAGCCAUGACGUGAACCUUCAUUUACCGAAGGAAGCCAUUCCUGUUGGAGCCACUCGUGCCAGCUCUGUAGCGAGCAUGUGCUCAUCGUCGGGCACAGGCGGGUCGGGGUGCGCUAAUGAGGACUCUUUGUCUGACGGGCUGCCUCCAUCACCCUUGGAGACGCUUGGACGGUUCACCUUUGAUGUGAAAAUGGGAGAACUCGGGGGAAGUCUCGACCGUAGUGGCGGGAGUGGUAAAAGCACACGCUCGAGAGCCAAGAGCUUCCUCAAGAGGAUGGAGAGUCUACGGCUGCGCAGUGGCACCACCUCCAAGAGGAAGAAAAAAGGUAGCACUGGUGGAGGGAAGAUAGAGAUCAGUGGUCCUGUCAUCAAAGAAGGUCUGGAUGAUGACAAGCUGCAACGGCUCAACUGUGUGGACAUCCCAAGUAUUAACUUCAACCAGAACCUCAAUCACCAACGCAGUCCAACUCAGACGAUGACACUUAACAGGAAUCGCUCCAUCUCCUACUCCACUCAGACUAGCAAUGGCAGCACUGGAAGCACAGGGAGCAGCCAGUCUGAAGCUAGCAGCGGCAGUGCAGUGAGCACACCAAGCCCGGUGACGCGCGCUCGUAGCCACAGCACGGUGGCAGGCUCAGCUAAGAGGGGAGGAAUGUACUUAGAAGGGUUCGAUCCCUUCAGCAUUCUCCAGCAAGCAUCCAAUCUGCAGCCAACGCCUCCACCUAAAUCAGCCCCACCUGUCCCGUGUCAGGCAAAUAUGGGGAUGAGUAUUGAUGAGCAGAAUCGAAGGAACAACCACAGAGUUCAAGAUGAUGGCAGACAAGCGGAGGAAGAAGAAGAGGAUGGCAUGGUCUUCUUCUAUUUACCAGAAGGUCACAAGCCGGGCACUUUCCCCAAAGCUCUGCAAGAUGGGAGCUCACGCAACAACAACGGCAAUGAUAACGGAAACUCUGUUAUCCUCAGGGGGCGACAAAGUAGACGCCAACGUCGCGUCUCUUCCGGCUCUGUGGACAGCCGCCUUAGUUUUUAUGACAAUGUUCCAUAUAUCGAGAGAGAAGGGGAAGAAGGGGACGAACGAAAAUUGGAUGAAGUGCUCCAACAUGUCAGCGGCCUGCAGCGCUUUGUUAACGCCUGGUCCGAGGCCAUAGGAGCUGAUGAGGAGGAGGAUGAGGAGGACGAGGAGGAGGAGGAAGGAGACUCAGAUUCAGCGCUGGACUCAGCCUCGCCUUGCCCGUCCUCACCUCUGCAGAACCGUUUGGAGGAGACAGAGAAUGGAAGUGACCAAGACAGCACAGGAAACCCCCUGGGUGAAGGCGAGGAGGGGAUGAGGGACAGGAGAGAUUCUGGUGUUGGAGCAUCGCUAACAAGAACCAGCAGGCCGCAGAAACUCCGCUGGUUGAGCUUCCAGAACUCUCAUCGUCCCAGUUUGGCAUCCGCCCAGCUCCAGAUUAGCUGCCAGUCUGUGCUGCAGAUGAAUCUCCUUCAGAAGCUCUCACUGCUGCAGCUCACCGCCCUGCUGGAAAGGCACACCCCUACAAACAAACACGGCUUCAGCUGGGCCGUUCCAAAGUUUAUGAAGCGGAUGAAGGUGCGCGACUACAAAGACAGGAAUGUGUUCGGUGUUCCGCUGCAAGUCAUCGUCCAACGCACCGGUCAGCCCCUCCCUCAGGGCAUCCAGCAAGCUAUGCGUUACUUGCGAAACCAAUGCCUCGACCAGGUGGGUCUUUUCAGAAAGUCAGGAGUUAAGUCCCGUAUCCAAGCUCUGCGUCAGAUGAACGAGACCAGCGGAGCGGACGGGGGAGGGGUCAGCUACGAGGGCCAGUCCGCCUAUGACGUUGCUGACAUGCUGAAGCAGUACUUCCGAGACUUGCCGGAACCGCUGCUCACCAGCAAGCUGUCUGAGACCUUUCUGCAGAUCUACCAGUACAUGCCCAAAGAGCUCCGCCUCCAGGCCGCCCGCACCGCCGUCCUGCUGCUUCCCGACGAGAACCGGGAGGCUCUGCGGACGCUGCUCUGCCUCCUGAGCGAUGUGACGGCCAGCGUGGCAGAGAACCAGAUGACGCCCACCAACUUGGCUGUGUGUCUGGCGCCAUCCGUCUUCCAUCUCAACACCCUGAGGCGCAAAGAGAGCUCCUCGCCAAGGGUAAUGAACAGGAAGCCAACUCUGGGAAAGCCGGAUCAGAGAGACCUGAACGAGAACCUGGCUGCAACUCACGGCCUGGCACACAUGAUCCAGGAGUGCAGGAAACUUUUCCGGAUCCCAGAGGAGAUGAGUCGCUGCAGGAACUCCUACGUGGAGCAGGCUCUGCUGCCGCGACGCUUGGAGGAGCUGUCGGGCGGCCACGAUGGGCAAGGAGGCUACCGGUCUUACCUCCGCGAUAGCCUUGAUGCUCUUCUCAAAGAGGCCAAGGACAAGUUCAAAGGCUAUGACAGCUUGUCCACCCUCGAGCAAGCGGAGCUGGCCUAUCGCAAGGUACAUGACGGCUUCCCAUUGAGGCUGUGGAAGGUGACCGUUGAGGUUCCCGCACAUCCGGAGGGGGUCCUGACCCGGCUGCUGAGGGAGCAAGCCCGUUGGGACGAGGACCUGUAUGAGAGCCGUGUGGUGGAAACCCUGGACGAGAGGACAGAGGUGUACCAGUACGUCAGGAACAGCAUGGCCCCGCAUCCCAUGAGGGACCACCUGGUGCUCAGAACAUGGAUAACAGACUUGCCAAAGGGGGCGUGUGCGCUGGUGGCUACAUCAGUGGAUCAUGCGGCGGCGCCCGUGGUGGGCGUACGUGCCAACGUGCUCCUGUCGCGCUACUUUAUUGAGCCCUGCGGUGCUAACAAAUCCCGAGUCACGCACAUUUCCAGGAUUGACUGCAGGGGUCGCUUCCCAGAGUGGUACAACAAGCUGCAUGGACACUUGUGUGCUGCCGAGGUGGCGCACAUUCGUGACUCCUUCACUUUGCCCAUGGACAAAUGAGACUUUUGGAGCUUCAUUUUGUUUCUUAAUGUCAUUUCGUUGACAAACACAGGACAAACUUUGCCUCCUGGAUUUGAAGGACUUUUUUUUUUUUCAAGCAUAUUAUUACCAUUUUAAAAAAAGCCCUCUGUGUCCUGUCAUCUAAAUAUUUAUGUGGGCCAAAGAACACAGCGACACGGAUGUGAGGAUCAGAGCGCUAUUGCUUCUGAGAAGCAAGAGAAUCGCAUGCGUAACGAGAGCAACAUCAUAGUUUAUAGCAACAUACGCCAGUGUACAUACACUAACUACUCUUUUCACACUUAUUAGUGGCUGUCUUGUCUUUUUUUUUUGUUUUGUCGAUUACAUGUGGGAGUAAGCGCACACGAUUUUUAUGACAUUGUGCGGAUUGAUUGGCGGCUGAAGAAAGACGUGAAUGUGUGCCGGCUGUAAUAUGCAGAGGAGAGGACAAGUGAUGAAGAGAUGAAAAGAAGCGGGUGGCUGGCUCACCAAAUCAACAUCAGGAAAGCACCGUGGCACCUCCCGAAAAGUCCCGUUGGAAGGAAUUAUGUUCAACACAGGAGACCAAUAGACACACAUGGACCAAAUUAAGAUAAUAAAAACACUACUGCAUGUUAGCGUCACAACCCAAAAUCAAUAGCACAGCUUUUAUUGUACUUGGUAGCUUCACCAACAUGUUAGCGGUAAGAAAACGUCCAUCAACAGAAACAAACCAAAAAGAUCCUUUUAUAAAGGUGGAGAUUUUACAGGUUUUACUGUAAAGACGAGGGCAGAUUGCAUGUUAGUGGAAGGAAGACAAGCUUCUCUCACUCUUAACACACUUUCACUAAACCAUUGUCCAUUUAUGUAACCUCUCUACCAAAUAAUAACACAUGACCGUUAAUUUAAAAAACAAAUAUAUUUAUACCUCAUAUAUAUGUUUGGUUCAUUUUGUAUUGUAUUAUUGUAUUGUAAAUGUUACACUUUGUGUUACGGAAGUGGAAAAAAAAAGCUUUAUCUUUUUUAUUAUUAAUGUUAUUUCUGUACAGGUUAAUCAAAGUGCACUAUUAAAUGUAUUAAAAUAAUUCUAUGU